CUUAGAUAAUAAACCAAAAAGGAUUAAAGAGGCAAAUUAUAAUGGAUAUUCAUCGUUGUCGAUUUGUAGAUUACACGCCUCACACCAUUACGGCCACGGCAUUUUCGCAUUCAUCAUCAUUAACAAGGCCGACUACCAAUGAUCUUCGAUUAGCUGUAGGUAGAAGUAAUGGAGAUAUAGAAAUUUGGAAUCCUAAAUAUAAUUGGACUCAUGAAUUAACAUUUCCAGGAUCUCGUGGAAGAUCUAUUGAAGGACUUUGUUGGAGUGUAAGUGAUGAAGUAGGAGAAUCACCUCGACUCUUUUCUGUUGGAGGUUCAACUUAUAUUACUGAAUGGGAUUUUCAUACUUUAAAGCCAAUCACAAAUUAUGAUUGUAAUGCUGGAAUUAUUUGGUCAAUAGCCAUAAAUUCAGAUGGAAAUAAAUUGGCAGUAGGAUGUGAUGAUGGUUCAGUUGUAAUUGUUGAUAUUUCUGGAGGAUUUGGAUCUUUAGAACAUGAUAUGAUAUGUCAAAGACAAGAUGCUAGAAUAUUAAGUAUUAAAUGGCAUGAAAAUGAUUUAUUAGUAGGAGGUUGUGCUGAUGGUAGAAUAAGAACUUGGAGUGCUAUUGGUGAUACUAAAGGUAGAAUUAUAUCUACUAUGAGAGUUGAUAAAUCUAAGACAGAAAGUACUUUAGUAUGGUCAAUAACUAUUUUACCAAAGAAAAGACAAAUUGUUAGUGGUGAUUCUACUGGAUCAGUUAAAUUUUGGGAUUUAGAUCAUUUUGCUUUAUUACAAAGUUUUAAAGUUCAUGAGGCUGAUAUACUUAGUUUAGUAAAUGAUAUUAAUGAAGAAAAGAUCUUUUCUGCUGGAGUUGAUAGAAAGAUUCAUCAAUUUAAUUUAAUAACUUCAAAAAAUUCAUCUAAAUGGGUUCAUAGUUUUAAUCGUCUAUUACAUUCUAAUGAUAUUAGAAGUAUGUCAAUUUUUGAAAGUAUAGGUCAUAAUUUUUUAAUAAGUGGAGGAGUUGAAAGAUCUAUUGUUAUUCAAUCAAUUCAACAAUUUCAUGAUGGUAAUUAUAAAAAACUUUUAAUUAAUCAACAAAAAUCUAAUGUAAUUAUAAAUGAAACCAAUAAUCUUAUAAUAUUAUGGCAAGAUCAAGAAAUUAAAAUUUGGAAACUUAUUCCUGGUUCAAAACAUAAAUUAAUAUCUAAAUUAAAAUUAAGUGAAGAUGAUAAUAUUGUUAAUGUUGAUAUUAAUGAACAAGGAAAUCUUCUUAUAGUUUCUAGUUUAAAUUACGUUAAAGUAUUUAUAUUAGAUUCUAUCACUAAAGAAAAUAAACUUAAUGUAUCUAAAAUAAGAGAUGAUUCAUUUACAUCAUUAAUUAGUGGAGCAAAAUUAGUUAAAUUCUUUUCUUUAACUAAAUUUCUUAUUUUAACUUAUGAUGAACAAAUAUUUACUUUUACAAUUAAUAUUGAAGAUCAAACCAUUCAAUUAGAUGAUGAAAUUGAACUUAUUUCAUCUAAAACUUCAUCUAUUGGUAAACUUCAAUAUAUUAAUGUUAUAAAUAAUUUAAUUAUAUCACCUGAUGGAUCUAAAGUUGUUAUUUCUAGAUUUAAUGGAUCAAUUGAAGUAUAUUCAUUAAUAAAUCAAGAAUCUUCAAUAAUUACAAAAUUAUCAUCAUACCCUCAUAUAGUUAAAUUUUCCAAUAAUGAUAAAAUAGUUGUAUUAACAGAUGAAAAUAAGUUAUAUGAAUUCUUUAUAAAUCAACAACAAUCUUCUAAUGGAUUAUUAACUUCAUGGUCAAAGAGAAAUAGUGAAUUUUUACCUCAACAAUUCUUAACAUUAGAUGAUAAAGCUCAAGGAAUAUUUAUUAAAGAAGAUCGUGUAUGGAUAUAUGGAUCAGCUUGGUUAGCAUAUUUUGAUUUAUCUAUAAAUAUUCCAAUUAGUAAACAGUAUAAGAAUACUUCUCAAACUAAGAAAAGAAAUAGAGAUGGAUUAACUAUUAAUGAAGAAACUUCAUCAUCUACUCCUACUAUAGAUGGUAAUAUUGAUAUUGUUGAAGAAAAUACUGAUGCCUUAGAAUUAUCUUUAAAACAAAGUCAAAUAGAUAGAUUAAGACAACAAAUUAUUCAAACUGAUGAAGAAGCUGAUGUAUCUACUGAUAAAAAACCAUUUUGGUUAACCACAAAAUAUAGACCAAUUAUGAAAGUUGAUAAUUUUGGACUUAAUGAAAUUAUCAUUGUGGAAAGACCACAAUUUGCAUUACCUACAACUGCUGCAUUUAACUUACCAAAGUUAAAGAUUUAAAUAAAUUUUUGCAUUUGAAUAUAGAAUUGUAUAUUUAUAUAUUUAUAUUUAUAUAUAUAUUAACAUAAUAAAACAAUA